AUGGCUCUUCUGGCAAGCCAUUUGGAGCAGAUAUCAACGUCUGCCAAAUCUAUAGCAGAGCUGGAGUUCCCUCCGCAAAAGAUCUUUACCAGCGCGCUUCUCAAAGAUCAUGAGAUCACCACACUGAUUCGCGAUACUGAACCCCACGAGCGGGCCCUCUUUUCUCUUGACCCGAGCGCUUUGAUUAGAACACGGCAACAAAAUGGGAUUCGGUCUACAGGCGCAGAGUCUGGGCUGCAUGGGCGCGAAUUUCUUUUCCCAAGUGCACCGCCCGUCAAACAGUCUGUGAUUACCAGGUUAUUGGGUAACGAAAUGCUUCAGGAGAUCCGAAAAUCAAGCAGCAACACUGCUCGAUCCAAGGAUGGUGUCAAUGUCGAAGCGCUACUUCAGGGUGCACAAAGACUUUGUCAGAUAUACAAUGUCGCUGGAGCGGAUGAUAAGAUUCAGGUGCUUCACAACCGCUACGGACAGAUUUCAGCAUCGAUUUCGGCGCUGGAGGAGAGGGUGUAUGAGCAACAAUCGCUGCUGGAGCGCCGCAACAAAGGACAAAACCAUGAUGAAGAAUGGGAGGCAAACGCAUUGGAAAAGCAACCAGAUAACAAGGAUAAGUUCGUGGGACUUACGGACCAGGACUUCCAGUUCGAAGAAGAUGAAAUCAAAGAAUUGGAAGCUAGGAAAAGAGCCCUGGAAGCUCGUGUCUCAGGCAUAGAGAAAGACCUCGGCGGCCUUCUAAGAUGA